AAAAGAGCGAGGCGAGCUGCUUGGCACAGAGUGGAGAGAGCGCAGGGAGAAAUAAAUCCGUACACGAUCUCGUGAUGUGCACAGAGACAGAUGAGAGACACCGACCACCAUAGAUUUGUGGAGAUACCUGCGAUAGCCAGAGCGCAGCUUGGUAAAGUCAAGAAAGUUUCCAUCGGAAGCCCAACUGACACAUUAUGGAAAACACCACACGCCUGUUCGACCCAAAUCCAACAUGCAACUUUAGCAUGUACUUAUAUUACGACUCACCGAAUCGGAGCGAUUUGAACUGUACGCCUCCCGCUGACUACUUUUACGCAGAUCUGUAUGUGGUCCUCCCGGUUAUCUACUCCGUGAUAUGUGCAGUAGGUCUGACGGGCAACACGGCGGUCAUCUAUGUGAUCCUGAAGGCACCCAAAAUGAAGACGGUGACCAACAUGUUUAUUCUCAACUUGGCGAUCGCAGAUGACCUCUUCACUUUAGUUUUGCCCAUCAACAUAGCUGAGCAUCUGUUACACUACUGGCCAUUCGGCGACGUGCUGUGCAAAAUUAUUUUAAGCAUUGACCAUUAUAAUAUCUUCUCAAGCAUCUACUUUCUGACCGUUAUGAGCAUAGACAGGUACCUGGUGGUGCUGUCGACGGUGCGCUCCAAGCGCAUGCCGUACCGCACAUACCGGGCUGCUAAAAUAGUCAGUCUGUGCGUGUGGCUGCUUGUGAUCCUCAUUGUGAUGCCCUUCACGGUGUUCGCAGGCGUGUACAUCAGUCCCGAGAGGAAAAGCUGCGUGCUGAGUUUCCCCAGCCCUGAAAGUUUAUGGUUCAAAGCGAGCCGGAUAUAUACCCUCAUUUUGGGCUUCGCCAUCCCGGUGUCUACAUUUUGCAUUCUUUACACUAUGAUGCUGUACAAAUUAAGAAACAUGCGGCUGAACACCAACGCCAAAGCGCUGGACAAAGCAAAGAAAAAAGUGACUAUAAUGGUGUUCAUCGUGCUGGCCGUGUGCCUGUUCUGUUGGACGCCGUUCCACCUCAGCACCAUCGUAGCGCUGACCACGGACCUCCGGACCACACCGCUUCUUAUCGGGAUUUCGUAUUUUAUCACCAGCCUGAGUUACGCCAACUCUUGUCUGAACCCAUUUCUUUACGCAUUCCUCGACGACAGCUUCAGAAAAGCCUUCAAGAAAAUGUUAGAAUGUAGACCUGCAUGAAUGUAACCAACUUUGAAUCAACUUACAACUACAUUGGGUUCAGUGUGUCCAGUGAGCAGCUCGUGUAUAGGCACUAAUGCAAAUUAACUAGAUUUGUGUUGUCUCAGCCACUUCUUUUCUCUUCUUACACAAUAAGAACAUUCUUUUCCCUGCAGUAAAUUCAAGAAUGAGCGUGUGUCUCCCUCUCGUGCUUCUCAGUCGCCUGUGCUUUCUUUAUAGUGAAAUAAUGGGACUGAAAUAUUUUGAAAUGUACUGUACAUUGAAACAUUAAUGUCUGCCAAAAGGGCCUUAGAAACUGCAAUUAGCGAACUAUUAAAACUGCGCUAGCACUGCUGACGUCACGGCAUCAUGUGCUCAUGUAUAUAUUUGUAUAGUCCUAUGGAGCAUCAUCAGAGUUUUUCUCUUUCGGAAUGAAUAUAAUGUAAAGCGUUUAUGUUCGCGUUUAUCAAGAGGUGUUGGUUUAAUAAUACUUUAAUACGCUGAAAUGCUGUGAUGCGAGCUUUGCUGGGAUUCAAAUUUGAUAUCAUGCAGACCAACAAAACGAAGCAUACAUGUAACAUUGCUUUUUCAAUAGAUGUUGUAAAUAAA